GAAAGAGGGAGCCACAUAUUCCAAGAGAGAAGAGAAGAGAGAAGCUGGCCGCAGGAUUCGUUUUCCAGCAGAUAGGGUCUCUUGUUUAAUCCAUAACUUGAGCUUCACUCGUCCAAAUAAGGCGUAUGAUAUACCAAAAGAAAGCUCUCAAGACGAGGAAUCUGUGAAGGCCUGGUUUGCAGGAAUCGGAGUUGUGGAAGGCUUCCAAAUCGUCCGAGAAAAACGCAACCUCGCAGGAGAGGAUUUAAUCUUCUAAAGAAUCGAGUUAGCCGGAAAACACCCGUUCUAGGGGCUGUUUUCGUAUCAACGAUUAAGGGUUGAACUAGCACUUUGAGGAGGCUGUUUAACACUCAUAUUUGAGCAAGGAAUCAGUCCCAAAUCCACCUUGACCAAAGAUUUGACCGUUGGACCAAGAAGGGAAAGUUUAAAGCUCAAUUGAGGUUGAGGCUAGAGCUUGCUUCCUGUGCUCGUUGCUCGAGAGAUCAUAUAGGAGGGAAGACUUGAAAUGGACCGUGGUGGCAGGAUUACUAGGAGAAACCCGACCGGCCGUGUACCAGAGGAGACUGGACAGGGCAGUCGAAGGACCUCUAGGGCAUCUAGAGGAGCUGGCCGUGGAGGCCGAUCACAGACCGUGAGUGACGGUCAUGUCGACACAGAAAGUGAAACCUACUGGUCCUAUGAGGACUCGACUUACCAACCGGGGACCGAGCCGGUUGAGACCCCUUACGAAGGGGAUGACGAUGAUGUGAGCGAUGAAGAGGGGGAGAAUGACUCCCUAGCAAGAAUAGAGGCGCUGCUCCAACAAUAUCACCGUGAGCGUGAAGAGAGGAGGGAACGCCGAAGGCGCCGGGCUGGGCAACCUUCGGGCAUGGCUUCACGAGGAGGAAGUCAUGGUGCAUCUAGAGUCCAUGUGGAACCACGUGGAGGCCAAAAUGAUGGAGGUCCAACCAUAAGGAUCUCCAAGUACAUCAAAGAAGCAAGAGAUUUGGGGUGCAAACCCUUUGAUGGAGCAGGGGACAUUUCAGUGGCAGCACAAUGGAUCAAGAGGCUAAAUGAAGCGGCCCUUGACAUGCAAAUCGCGCCGAAUCUCAAACUGAGAAUUGCGGUAAGAUUGCUCGAGGGGAUGGCAUCCAAGUGGUGGGAUGGAACCAAGAACAAGUACGGUGAGACCGUCGUUUGGGAGGACUUCCAACGGGAGUUCUUUGCCCAAUACUAUUCUGAUUUCGAGGUGAAUAAGAAGGUGAGGGAAUACACCCUCCUAACCCAAGGGGGUAACAUGUCAGUGAAGGAGCUGGAGUACAAGUUCCGGGAUCUCGCCGACUACAUACCGGAGUAUGCUUGUGACGAGAACCGCAUGGUGAACCACUUUUGGGACGCUCUUGACUUGGAGAUACGUGAUAGGGCAACGCAAUUGCCUAAUAUGACUUUCGCCCAAGUGGUUGAACAAGCAUUGAAAGGGGAGAAACAGUGGGAGGAACGGAAGAAGAGAGACGCCGAAGAGGCGAAGAAGAGAAAAUGGGAGAGUCAUGGCUCCCAAGGUUCCAACAAAAGGGGGAACCACGGAGGAGGAUCUUUCCGGGCACCACCGCCACCAUCAAGGGGGAACCAAGGCCCAAGUGGGCAAGGCUCGAGGUCACAGACCUCAGUGGUAACUCGUUGCAACAAUUGCAAGAGGAACCAUUCCGGUAAAUGUCGCGACCCCCCUAGAUGUUUCCAAUGUGGGGAUGCCGGGCAUUUGAAGGCACAUUGCCCACAACUGGGCGGGGCAAGGACAUCGGGACCAAGUAGUGGCCCGACGGGUACACGGAAUCAGACCGGGGCUUCUCAAGCAAGCAGGGGGCAAGGGGGAGCAAGUGCGAGCAACGCGCCAUCCGUGAACCAAGGGAGGACCCAGGCUAGGGUCUAUGCGAUGACGGAGGCGGAUGCUCAAGCUAACCCGGACUCCGUCGCAGGUAUUGCCUCUCAUAUACUAGUGUUUUAUCCUUAAUUAGUCCAUAAAUUGAGGAUACUAAUCGCUAGGAUCAUUGCACGAGGUUUUGGGGUCGAACCGGGGGAUUUCGGGCAACUUCAGGCGGCUGGGACCCAGGCACGAUCGUGCCUAAGGCAGACACGAUCGUGCCUCCAAGUCAGUAGCUGCCCAGGAAUAUUCCCAGCCCAGGCACGAUCGUGCCUAAGGCAGACACGAUCGUGCCUACAAGGCAGUAGCUGCCCAGGGCUUUUCUCCAAACCAGGCACGAUCGUGCCUAAGGCAGACACGAUCGUGCCUCCAAGUCAGUGGUUCCCAGGAUUUUUCCAACCCAGGCACGAUCGUGCCUAAGGCAGACACGAUCGUGCCUCCAAGGCAGUAGCCCCAGGGCGUUUUCCUGAGCCAGGCACGAU